CUCUCCUUCGACCCUUGUGCGGAUAAGCGGCUCGGGAGAUGGAUGGAUGGAUGGGUUUUGAGGUCCUUGUGGGGUUCGGAGGACGGCUGAUGACGGCACACGAGAGUCGCGAAAACACGACUUCCGGUGUCCUUUCAGAUGAAAACCUCAUCCGCGCGAUCGUCUUGUGUUUUUCGCCUGAACACGCCGCGACGGGAAAAAACCGUGAAAUAAGAAUAAAUUGUUUUAAAACGCCUCCGUUGUCCACCCUUUUGAGUGGCAUUCGUUUAUUUUCUCACGGCUUCCCGUCAAAGCUCUCUUCCGGUGUGAAUGACUGACGCCAACGGACAGUGAACGCACCCCAAGAUGGACGCGCUGCUGGAAGGUCUUCAAGUUGCUCUUCACGGGACGUCAUCGCGUUGUUGCCUCCAAUGUGGCACAACACAGAAAAAGCUGCACAUUUUUUGUAUGAAAUUACAAAAAUAACGACAAAGUUGAAUCUUAGAAGAUUAAGAAAUGCAUGUAAAAAAAAAAAUGCGGAAGACAAAUUUGUCACAGGUAGUCCGGAAAUGUCACGUACUCGCCGACGUGACCUCGAACAACGGCUCGGUUUCGUCGGGACGCUUGUACCGGGAGUCUGGGUUUACUGGUGACUCGCAAACGCGGCGUCCGGUAAUCCUGCCGAGUGCGGUGAAUUCUGAAUCCGCCGCGACCUCCGACUGGCAAUCAGUUCCGAUCGCGUGCGGUGCCGCUGGCACAAAUCGGUGCCCCCGAGUCGGAGGCAAAAAAAAAAAAAAAAAACAACAAAAAAACUCGUCCACGCAGAAGGAUUUUACCAAAUGUGGAAUGUGCCGUGGUCCGAGAAUUUCGACAGAGAACUGCACCGACAUAAAGAUUCCGUUCCGCCUCCAAAUUUGAAAUCUGGGGCGAUCGCACAAAACCCGAGAAGAAGAAACACUUCGGGACAUCCGUUGAUGGUUCCUGAUCGGCUCCCCAAGAAACCGGAAAUUUCUUGUCGUCUGGGGAACCCACUUUUAUUCCCAAAAAAAGAAGAAAAAAAACAUCAUGUCAGAGGUUCGCUUUGAUUUUUGGGCUUUUCGCUUCUCGAUUGCACGUCGCGACUUUGGAGGGCUCGUCUUUACCCGCGCACACAAAGAACCGUUCGGGUUCCCGAAAUCUCUUAACACGCCUCAGACCGAAAGAUAAUCUCCGAUCGUCUCAGAAGACAAAAGAUCGUCUGGCACUUGGAAGUCAGCCGCUCUUCGAAAUCACAACAGUCACAAACUGUCGGCUUCAACGCGAAGUAGGCAAACACGUUUUUGUCGAAAACAAUGUCGACAUUCGCAGGAUCUCCAGAUUGAGCCUUCCCAUUUAUAGCUAUAUUUUGAAACCGUCAUUUAACCAGGCUGGUCUCAUUGAGAUCUGAAAAAAAAAAAAAAAAAAGCAUCAUCAACGUCAGCCAAAUUGGCAGAGGCCCACUUUGUUGCCGCAACCAAGUCCGAGAGCUUCCACUUUCCGUUUGAAAACAUUUCCGUUCCUCAAGUCGAACAAUGUGAAACGGAUUCUGGGCCGACCCGAAGGCCGUCUCCCAAUGUCUGUCGCGGCCUUUGCGACAGCCAACGUAAAAAGCGGCUCUUUCCCCGCCACUAGCUUGGCAAAGCAAUCAAAACGUCCGGAGCCGCCGCGUCGCUCAACGUCUCGGCGCUUUGUCGGCACGUCGCGUACGCGCGCGGCCCCAAGAAUACUCGAAAAGAGGAAGUGAGAAUGUUUCAGUUUCUUUUCACAAGAACGUCGCCAAGACGCGGACAAGAUGGAAGGACCUCGGGGCGACGGCCAUCUUGAGAGACUUUCCCCCCCGCACGGGUCGGGGGGAGCUUCACAUUUGACCACCGGGGAGCUUCAGCAGCAGUUUCGACGGAUGAAAAAGUCCGAGGCGCGUCCCCGGCUUCUCUUUCACGUCUCAGAGGCGCGACGAGACGGAUCGCACGAGGUGGCGCUGUUGAGCACCGGAAGCUUCAGUCCCCGUCACGUGACGCUCAAACGGAGCUACGCCGACUUUUCCCGCUUCCACCGCCGGCUGACGGCGGAGUUCGGAGAGGAGCUGGAGGAGGCGGGGCCGCCGGGUUCGUGCACCUGGCGGGGGCGGGGCUUCGCCCUGCAAGAAUACCUGAGCCGGACCUUCGCCGUUUGCUGCCGUUCGCCGCUCUUUGCGCAAUUCCUGACGCAGCGGGAGCGCGCCGCCGCCGCCGUGCUGAUGCGCGCCGGACGCUACGCGGACGCGCUGGAGCAGCUCAACGGCGUCCUCGCUGUCCACGAAAAGCUUUUGCCUUGGCAAAGGCAGACGUCAACGACGGCAGCGGUGCCGGCGCUGGCCGCCGCGGCGGUGUGCCACCGCGAGCUGGGGAGCCCCCCGGAGGCGCUGGCCGCCGUCCGCCGGGCGCUGCCCCCCGUCCGACGCUACGGGUUGCGCCGCUACCGGGCGCCUCUGCUGCGCCUCCUGGUGGAAUGGGAGCACCGCGCGGGGCGACCGACGGCCCAGCUGCAGGAGGAGCUGACGGCGGCCGAGGACGGACGCCCGGCCUCUGCGCUCUCCCUGAAGGAGGUCGCGCUGGAAGACUUGGCUGACUGAGACGCCGGACGUUUCCGCGGCCGCCUCGUCGGGAAAGUCUCCUUUUCCCUUUCCAGCCACGAGGGAACAACUAAUUUCACGGUCGCUCAUUCCAAAUGACGGCUCCCCAAUCACGACAUUUGAUUUCAGGAAGGCGAAGUGAAGCCCGCUGACAAAAUGCUCCUUUGUCGGAUAACGACGGGAGCGGGAAACUAGCUAACUAGCAAACGUGCAGGACCGUAACGUGAGGGCAUUGUUUGGACAAAGUAAAGGAAUGUAAGAGUUUCAGCUUAAAGUAGUUCAUUAGAUGUUGCUGCAUCCUGUGUAUGAAAGCGUGAGACUGAAAAGUGCCGAGCGUGUGACUGGUGGAACGAAACAGGGUACGUGGCGCAAGAAUGUGCAAGAAGGGAACGCUUUAGAACAGACGGUGCGCACUGCAAGGAGGCUGCGGAGACGGGAGGACUCAGAGGCAGUUGGUGGAAAAACCACCACCGGGAAGAGCCAGCACGCGAGUCUGCAGGGGAGGAGUCGGGCCGACACCCGGCGGACCAAAGGAGACCAAUGAGAGAGCGCCAAGGAUACCCGCGGGAGACUCAGACUCAGUAGAUUGGAGUUUGAAAUUGUUCUGGGAAACUCGGACGUGGAGGACGUCUGCUGGUGGCGACAGAGACGUACGGGGUUGUUGUCAUGAGACCCAGCUGCGUGUUGAAGGAAUAAAUCCACUCGUGUGUGUGAAAAUGCCGGCUUCCCGAUACCUUUCUAUUGCACAACGAUUGUUGGAUGAGUGGCAGUUGGGUAAGGUCACAAAUUGGAGUCAGAUUACUAACUCGCGCUCACGAUGAUUUAGAAAUAUAAAAUUCCAACAAAAGCUAUGUGAAAAAUUGUGAAACCAUUCAAUAUAAAAGCAAUCCAGUUGGGAUGAAUAAUUAGUCAGGCAAG